AUGCCGGCUGUACCUCCAUUACUGAAACAUUUCGACUUGUUGGUUAUCGGUGGCGGAUCGGGUGGACUUGCCACUGCUAGAAGGGCUGCUGAAUUCGGUGUUAAAGCCGUGGUUGUUGAAGAAGCGAGAUGGGGAGGCACUUGUGUGAACGUUGGGUGUGUACCCAAGAAAAUUAUGUACAACGCUGCGAUGCACGCCGACAUGUUACCCAACUACAAAGACUAUGGAUUCACUGUCGAAAAGAGGAAAUUUGAUUGGAGCCAUAUUCAGAAGACAAGAGAUGAUUACAUUUUAAAAUUGAACGGAAUUUACGAUUCUAAUUUAGAUAAAGCCAAGGUUGAAAAAGUGCUUGGUCAUGCUUCGUUCAAUGCUGAUAGGACUAUUAAAGUAGGGGAGAGAACUCUAUCAGCAGAUCAUAUUUUGAUAGCUACAGGUGGAAAGGCAGUGAUUCCAGAUAUUCCUGGAGCUCAGCAUGGAAUAACCAGUGAUGGCUUUUUCGAUUUGAAGGAAUUACCCAAGAAAACGGUAGUGGUUGGUGCUGGAUACAUUGCUGUAGAAUUAUCAGGAAUCUUUGCAUCUUUAGGAUCUGAUACCAAUAUGUUCAUUCGCCAUGACAAAGUUCUGAGGAAUUUUGAUUGUGGUAUAAGUGAUUUGGUCACGGAAAAUCUUGCUAAAGGUGGGGUCAGAGUUCACAAGCAAACCAACGUAAAGAAAGUUGAAAAAGAGAGUAAUGGUUCUCUUACCAUAACAACUGAUAAUGGCAACACUAUAAAAGAUGUGAAUUGUUUGUUAUGGGCGAUUGGUCGUGUACCAAAUACUGAUAUCGGUUUGCAGUCAGUAGGCGUUGAGCUAGAUAGCAAAGGAAACGUUAAAGUAGACGAAUAUCAGAAUACGACAGCAGAAAAGAUAUACGCUUUAGGCGAUGUAUGCGGAAAAGCUCUUCUAACUCCAGUUGCCAUAGCAGCAGGCCGACGUCUUGCUCAUCGAGUUUUUAACAAGGAAACUGGUUUAAAAUUAGACUAUUCAAACAUUCCCACUGUGGUUUUCUCUCACCCUCCGACGGGAACUGUGGGACUCACAGAAGAAGAAGCAGAGAAGAAGUUCGGCAAGGACAAUCUGAAAAUUUACACAUCCAAUUUCACACCAAUGUAUUACGCUGUGACUGAACAUAAAGGGAAGUGUUUUAUGAAGUUAAUUUGUGCCCUUCCCGAUGAAAAAGUUGUGGGUCUGCACAUGGUGGGGCAAGGCUGUGAUGAAAUGUUACAAGGGUUCUCUGUGGCUGUGAAAAUGGGGGCCACUAAGAAACAAUUUGAUGAAACUGUGGCUAUACAUCCAACAUCUUCAGAAGAAUUAGUUACUAUGAGAUAG